CCAAAACUCAUUGCCCUUGCAUCAACAAACCGUUAACUCUGUCUAGCUAACACAGGAAUACAUCUUGAGCGCAGCGCAAAAGACAUCUUAGUGUCACUAUCUUCGAGGAUGACCCAACAAGAGAUUGCUGAGGGCUUGGGAUUGAUUGUCCGAACGUACUGUUCGGGAGUUGCUUGCUGCUCCACAUGCACACCAUCAAGAUCGAGAGGGCGACAUCGAGCGCUUAGUAUCCAUGCAGUGAAUGUAAGUACAAAAAUCACGUCUAAAUAAAACUUGUGGUGUGUGAUCUUAAGUUCCCUGACAGUCUCAUCGAACAAAAGCC